AUGCAACAAGGCGUGGUGCUCGGAUCUUUCUUCUAUGGUUAUAUACUUACACAGAUACCAGGUGGAAUGUUGGCGCAUCAUUACGGUGGAAAGAACCUGUUUUUAAUUGGAAUUUUCGGUACUGCCGUUUUCACACUGCUCACGCCACCAUUUGCAAAAAUGGGAUACGGGAUCGUGGUUGUUGCCCGAUUCGCUGAGGGUUUGUUCGAGGGCGUAACGUAUCCAGCAAUGCAUGUGAUGUGGAGUCAUUGGGCACCGAUUCUGGAAAAGACGAAGCUGGCGACGUUUGCCUUCUCUGGUUCCUAUUUCGGCACCGUAGUAUCGAUGCCAUUGUCUGCAGUGAUUGGUCAAACCCUUGGAUGGCCAUUCAUAUUCUAUUUUUUCGGACUUCUCGGUCUUCUAUGGUGCUUAGUUUGGGCAAGAAGAGUUAGUGAUUUUCCAGCUACUGAUCCUCACAUUACUACAGAAGAGCUCACUCUCCUACAACGAGACGCAAUCAGUCACACUCACUAUAUUGUACCAUGGGCAGAAAUGCUGAAGAGCAUGCCAGUUUGGGCAGUGAUGAUUGCGCAUUUCUGUCAAAAUUGGGGCUUCUACACGAUGCUCACACAUUUGCCGAGAGUGCUCAAAGAGCUGGCGAACUAUGAAUUGGAAAAGGCUGGUUUCGUAUCCGGACUACCGUAUUUGAUGAUGGGAUGCACGUUGGUAUGGGGAGGACAACUGGCAGAUUACCUCCGAAAGGAGCGCAACAUUGACACUUUAACAGUCCGACGGCGCUUCUGCGUUGCAGGUUUCGCUGGUCAGGCUAUAUUUCUCGCACUGGCGUCUGUGACGUCAUCGCCACCCUUUCUUGUCGCAUACCUCUCAAUAUCAAUUGGAAUGGGAGGUAUUUGUUGGGCGGGAUUUUCCGUGAAUCAUUUGGAUCUAGCCCCGCAGUUUGCCGGUCAUCUGAUGGGAAUUUCGAACACUUUGGCUACAUUGCCAGGAAUGCUCUGUCCACUGAUCGUGGGAUAUAUUGUUACAACUGGAAGCGCCACAGAAUGGAACAUCAUCUUCUACUCUACAGCAGCUAUCUAUGCUUUUGGAGCGGCAUUCUUCUGGAAAUUCGCUUCCGGCGAUCUACAGCCAUGGGCCGGCGAGCAAGUGCCAUUCAUCGGCGAAUUACACUGA